AUCAAUUAAAAAAAUGAUCCUAAGUAGCAAGUAUGUGCUCUCUCUACCCAUUCAAUUAUUCCAAGCUUAUGUAAUUGUGGUGAAUGAAUAUUGUGUAACAGGAGAUCUAUGAUUGGUCCGCCGUUUUGGCAAUUCGGCCGAGUCUCCCACACAAGUACCCAGCCACCGGAAUAUUCCUGCUGAUCCCGAGAAUGGUGGUCGAGAGGGGCGGUGCCGUCGUAAUUUUUUUGAUAUUCUUAUCGGGCCUCGUCCAACUAGAAGCUAUUCGUGGACGUCAUCUCCUACCGUCGGUCCCAAGACCGCCGCCCAACGAUGCAGCCGCCUUUGCACGGUGGUUAGUUUCUCAGAGCUCAUGGGGUGUCCUCAAUACAAUUGCAAGUGACCUAGGAGGAGCGCCUUUCGGGAAUGUUGUAUCAUAUAGUGAUGGAGCACCUGGGGAAGGUCGUGGCACACCGUUCUUCUACUUAACAACCCUUGAUCCCACUGCCAAAUACGGAUUGGAAGACCAAAGAUCAUCCUUCACCAUCAGCGAAUAUCCCAUUGGAACAUGUGGGGAUAAAGAUCCCGAAAACCCUACAUGUGCUAAAAUCACAUUCACAGGAAAGUUCAAAUUGCUUGGGGAGAACUCGGAGGAAGCCCAAUUUGCUCAAACUGCAUUAUUCACAAAACACCAUGAGAUGGCAGGCUGGCCAGAGGAUCACAAUUUCCAAAUUUUCAAAUUAGAAAUCGAAGCGAUAUUCCUAAUUAAUUGGUAUGGUGGCCCCAAACCUCUCACAGUAGAUGAAUACCUGCAAAGCCAAAUCCCAAGUUCAAACCAGGUCAAAAUGGUCUCUUCAGGGAAUUUAAUAUCAACAUCUGUCCCCAAGUUGAUUCCAUGGCUGGAUUGGAGCACCUGACCCAAACCCUGGGAGGGAUUAUAUGUUUCCUUGGUAUUCAUAUCUUUCAAUCAUGUUAUAGUGUCAUAUUGACCAAAGAUCCAUGCUAGGGGCACUCCACUUUCUCACAGAUACCCCUCUUAUUGUUUAGUGUUUGUGUAUAUAUGUGAAAAAAAUGGGGUAAAAGGUGGGGUGCUUUUAGCAUUUUCCUUGGCCAAAUGUAAACAUACAAAUCAGCAUAUACUUAUCAUUGGACUAGUCCUUUGGAUGAUAGUCAUGAUACCUAAGAAUCAAAUAAAUUCUUGUGCAUAGCUUUAAAAAAACAUCUAUGUAAAAAAAGGUGUUAUUGAGAU